AUUUAGAAUUGUCUAUAUAUUCUACCUGAUGAUAAUGAAGAAAACAUAACAAGCAUCAAACAAUGUCGAUCAAUAUCACUCCAUCUAUCACCAUUUUCUUUACCAUUUUAUUGUCUCUUCUACUUUCUUCCUCCUUUUCAUCAUCAUCAUACAAUGAUGAACAACCAGAUAUCUACAUUGUACAAGUCUCCAAACUAGACAAACCAUCCAUAUUUUCAUCCCACCUUGAUUGGUAUACUUCAGCACUUGAAUCUCUUCCUGCUCAUCUUUCUCUGUCGUCUCAUCCUCGAGAGGUUAUCGUCUAUACAUACAACCAUGCUAUUCAUGGUUUCUCUGCUAGACUCACACCUUCACAAGCCUCAUAUAUCCGCAGUUUCCCCGGAAUACGUUCAGUACUCCCUCAACAAAUUCGCCAAAUCCAGACGACACGUACUCCUAGUUUUCUCGGUCUGAAUCCAAACUCUGGUCUAUGGCCCGUGUCAGGAUACGGCAGUGAGAUCAUUAUUGGAGUUCUUGAUAGCGGAAUCUGGCCAGAAAGCAAGAGUUUCAAUGAGUCGGGUUUAACAAAUCCUCUACUGACGAAAUGGAGAGGUGUCUGUCAGACUACAUCUGAUUUUCCCGCGACUUCUUGCAACAAAAAGAUAGUCGGUGCUCGAUUUUUCAACAGAGGAAGUGUAUUAAGCAGUAAAGACUUGCAAUCACCAAGAGAUACAGAGGGACAUGGUACGCAUACAGCAUCUACGGCAGCUGGAUCUCUUGUUCAGAACGUUGGAUUCUAUAAUUAUGCUGUUGGAGACGUCAGAGGAAUGGCUACUAACGCCAGAAUUGCUAGUUACAAGGUGUGCUGGAGUACAGGAUGUGCUGACGCAGAUGUUGUUGCUGGAAUUGAUCAAGCCGUAGCCGAUGGAGUUGAUGUGAUUUCAAUGUCUCUUGGCGGAUCAGAAGGUGCGUAUUAUCUGGAUACGGUUACCAUUGCAGCGUUUGGUGCUGUAGAGAAAGGAGUACUAGUUUCUGCCGCUGCAAUGAAUGAACGUCCCAAUCCUUCCACAGCCAAUAAUCUCGCACCUUGGUUUCUAACUGUUGGAGCUUCUACAAUCGACAGGCAAUUUCCCUGUGAUGUGAUUUUAGGAGACGGCAGGACCUUCAGUGGUGUUUCAUUGUAUUCCGGCCAGUCUCUUGGAAACGUAAAAAUAGCUCUAGUCUAUGCUGGUGAUAUCGGUGGCGAAGUUUGCGAAGCAGGAAAGCUUAAUCCAACCCUAGCUACAGGAAAGAUUGUUCUUUGUGCUGGUGGAGAUAUCGUAGCCCAGGGAAAUGCAGUCAGAAUAGCUGGUGGUGUUGGAUUGAUUUCAGCAGAUGGACCGCAGAGAGGAGUGUCAGGAGAAGGAUUGAUGGCUCAUUCACCUACCAUUCCAGGAGCUAAGGUGAUCUUCCCCAACGCGCUUGCAAUUGUAGACUAUAUCAGAUCUCAACCAAACCCAGUAGCGUCACUCGUGUUCAGAGGAACUGUGCUGGGAUCGCCACCUUCAGCUCCUAAAGUUGCUGCGUUUUCAGGUCGUGGCCCAAACCAUUUAACACCAGAAAUUCUCAAACCAGACGUUAUCGCACCAGGUGUUAAUGUCUUGGCUGCUUGGACCGGAGCUGCUGGUCCAUCAGAUUUAGAUUUCGAUACUAGACGAGUCGCAUUCAAUAUAAUGUCUGGUACUUCCGUUGCGUGCCCUCACGUGAGCGGAUUAGCUGCAAUGAUUCGGAAGGUUCAUCCUAACUGGACUCCAGGUGCAGUCAAGUCUGCUCUUAUGACUACAGCUUAUAAUGUAGACAAUGGAGGUAAGCCAAUUACUGAUAUGGCUGAUGGUGGCAUUUCAAAUCCUUUCCAGCAUGGUGCUGGCCAUGUUGACCCCAACAAAGCCACAAACCCGGGCUUGGUAUACGACAUCCAGCCAAGUAAUUACGAUGCGUUCCUCUGCUCCCUUGGGUACAGUCAGACACAAAUAUCUCUUUUUGUCAAGAACAGGAUUGUGGAUUGCGCGUUAAACAAAUUGGCUGCAGGUCCGGGAGAUCUGAAUCUCCCAUCAUUCUCCGUUGUUUUCAAAACAUCCUUAGACUCAGUUGUCAAGUACAAGAGAGUAGUCACUAAUGUUGGAAGCCAGGCAGUUGCAAGUUACAGUGUGAAGGUUACCAGUCCACCUUCUGUUCAAAUCAGUGUCUCGCCAAGCGUACUUCAAUUCACCUCGACAAACCAAAAGUUGUCUUAUGAAGUCACAUUCACAAGCUUGAUUAAAAAUGAUCCUACUAAUGCUAAAAGUGAGUUUGGGGCGAUCGAAUGGAAUAAUGGUGUUUACAUUGUGCGCAGCCCUGUUGCUUUAGUCUGGAAAGCUUCUACUACCAUUUUGAUUUCUUCAUUUUGAUUGCUUGCUGCUGAUGCUGUAUGUAACUCACUGAAAUCGGUCGCCUAUGUAUGCUGUCCGAUAUAAAUAAAACUUGGCGGAAUUUUCACUUUA